AUGUCUCUCGCUUCCAAGAAGGACGAAGAAAAUGGUCUCAGCACGUAUUACAAUAACAAGACCACCAUAAUACAGGAGGCAAGAGUCUUCAAUGACUCACCAAUUAGUCCUCGAAAAUGCAGAGCACUACUCACGCGGAUUGUGUACCUGCUGUAUGUCGGGGAGACGUUCGGUACACAGGAAGCAACAACGCUAUUCUUCGGGACGACCAAGCUGUUCCAACAUAAGGACAGUGCGCUGCGGCAGAUGGUUUACCUGGCUAUCAAGGAGCUGGCGAGCACCGCGGAGGAUGUCAUAAUGGUGACGAGCAGCAUAAUGAAGGAUAUGCAGCCAAACUCCGAGGUCAUCUACCGGCCAAACGCUAUACGUGCUCUGUGCCGGAUCAUAGAUCCAUCCAUGGCACAAGGUGUAGAACGGUUCUUCAAGGCGGCUAUUGUGGACAAGAACCCGUCGAUCUCGUCUGCCGCGCUUGUGUCUGCCUACCACUUGUUCCCGGCCGCGAAGGAUGUCGUGAAGCGAUGGGUCAACGAGGCACAAGAGGCAGUAAACGCGAAGUCAUCUUCAUCCUUCUUUGGUAGCCCGUCCAACUCUUACCUCGGCUGGGGAGGCUCGUCUGCCCCUGCAAACAACGGAUACCAGCCCAUUGCCUCGACCAGUAACAUCACUCAGUAUCAUGCCUUGGGAUUGCUCUAUUUCAUUCGCCAACAGGAUCGCAUGGCUGUCACGAAGAUGAUUCAGCAACUUGGGGGUGGAAAGUCUGGCUCUGGAACGACGCUCAAGAACCCUAUGGCACUCUGUAUGCUGAUUCGCUAUGCAGCCAAGGUCAUAGAGGAAGACCCAAAUGUGCAGAGACAGAUGUUCGAUCUCAUGGAGGGGUGGUUACGGCACAAGAGCGACAUGGUCAACCUCGAGGCCGCGCGGGCUAUCUGCGAGAUGAAGGGAGUCACUCCGGCACAGCUGACAAGAGCUAUUGCAGUUCUUCAACUGUUCCUCUCGUCGCCGAAAUCCACCCUGAAGUUUUCUGCGACGCGCACUCUGGCUACUCUUGCCCUCACCCACCCGACGAGUGUUGCUACUUGCAACAUGGAUUUGGAGAAUCUGAUCUCGGAUUCGAACCGAAGUGUCGCAACCUACGCCAUAACGACUCUGCUGAAGACUGGCAACGAAGCCUCCGUCGACCGCCUCAUGAAGCAGAUAACCGGGUUCAUGAGCGAGAUCAGCGACGAGUUCAAGGUCAUCAUCGUCGAUGCUAUCCGCUCUCUCUGCCUCAAGUUCCCUGCAAAGCACGCAUCGAUGUUAUCCUUCCUGUCUGGCGUGCUGCGAGACGAGGGCGGGUACGACUUCAAGCGCGCUGUGGUCGAGGCCAUUUUCGACAUGAUCAAAUUCAUUGGGGAAUGCAAGGAGCAGGCGCUCUCGCAUCUUUGUGAGUUCAUCGAGGAUUGCGAGUUUACCAAGUUGUCUGUGCGCAUUCUGCACUUGCUCGGCAUGGAAGGGCCCAAAGCACCGCAACCUACGAAGUAUAUCCGCUACAUUUACAACCGAGUGGUGCUGGAGAAUGCGACUGUCCGUGCUGCGGCUGUUGCAAGCCUGGCAAAAUUCGGCCUGAAUGGUCUCGACGAGAAGCUCAGCAACAGCGUCAAUGUUCUCCUCAGACGAUGCCUGGACGAUGUCGACGACGAAGUUCGUGAUCGAGCGGCUAUGUACCUGAAAGUAUACGAGGAACCACCACUUGCGACGACGUACGUCAAAGAAGAUGCCGUAUUCUCUCUUUCCGCCCUCGAAUCCCAGCUUGUGUCUUACAUCAGCGACCCAGAGGCAGUUGAGAAGCCAUUCGACGCCUCAUCGAUACCCAAGGUUAGCAGAGAACAGGCCUCGAGAGACGUCGCGCGGCCGAGCAGCCUAGACACGAUUGGCGUCCCAUCGACAUCAAAAGCGGUCACGCCGCCGCCACAAACCGCUGCAGAAACGCAGUCGGCAUACGUGCAACAGCUCGCAGACGUACCAGAGUUCGCGUCGUACGGCGUUGUACUCAGCAGCAGUUUCAAGCCAUCACAACUCACUGAGCCCGAAACCGAGUACCAGGUCUCGUGUGUCAAGCACAUCUUCAAAGAACACAUUGUAUUCCAGUUCAAUGUAUCAAAUACUAUACCCGACACUGUCCUGGAGCAAGUAUCAGUUGUCAUGCAACCGGCGGCGGAUGCUGGACUGACGGAAGACUUCAUCAUUCCAUACCCGAGCCUAUCGACAGCAAAUUCGCCAGGAAUCAUCUAUGUCUCUUUCACACGCGAGAACCCCGGCGAAUACGCGAUGGCUUCUUUCCAGUGCCUUCUCAAGUUCGUAAGCAAGGAAGUGGACCCAUCAACUGGUGAGCCGGAGGAAGAGGGCUACGAGGACGAGUACCAGCUGGAGGAGACGGAGCUAGCUGUCGCGGACUAUGUCAUCCCCAGCUACGUGACGUUCGCAUCGGAAUGGGAUCGCAUGCGCGGCGGCGCUUCCGCAACAGAAACAUUUUCGCUCUCGAGCAUGGACUCCAUGAAGGCUGCGUGCGACUCGAUUAUCGAGAUUCUCAACAUGACGCCACUCGGAGGGACGGCGGACCCGCAGUCAGCAACUGUACACACGCUGCAGCUAUCCGGGAUGGUCGUUGGCGGCGGCGGCAAGGUGCUGGUUCGGUGUCGGAUGACUUUCUCGAAGGCACAGGGUGUGACGCUGGAGCUAGGCGUGCGUGCAGAGCAGGAACAGGCGUGCAGCCUGGUCGUAGCUGCUAUCGGUGGUUGAGACUGGGCUGUGGAUACCUCCAUUUGUGCGCGUGGACUUGUUGGUGUGCAUAGACGCAGUGUCGUGUGCGAACAACUGUUCAAGCUCGGGUGGUUGUUGGCGUAUUCCCAUUAUCUAUUUGUGCAUGAGAGUGCUGGCUGUUGUAAAGGAGAAUACAAAGGUCCGCUUCUCACAGGA